UCGCCAAGUGAAGGAGACUGGUGCUCGCUGGGCGAAUCAUGGCAUGCUCCGCACUUUAGUGUGGGUUUUAGUCGCCUCCAAUUCAGCGAAACUAAUACAAAUUUGAAUGACUCCGAGUCCAAGGUCCACUCCCUACCCUUGACCCACGUACACAUACUUUCCUUCUGCCAUGUUACAAAAACACAUAAACUGCUGGCUUACUACCAAGGAUGGGGACGCCAUUGUGGAAGAGAGCCCUCGGAACGACCAAGGGAAUACGAUGGUUGUAGAUGUCCGUAUGGACGAGGAACAGGCGUACAUUGUACACUGGAAAUAUGUCGGCGAGGUACCUCUCUCAGCGCGGUGUGAGGUCUAUGCUAGGCAUGCCCAUGGUUCGACCCGACUUCUUGGAGUGCGCCAUCUCGAUGCUUCGCGCCCAGAGACUCAAGAAGGAGAUAGCAGCGGCAUUUUCUACCGAGGGGAGAUGUUAAGGACAACGAAUGCCGACCAACGCAGUGGGGUCCUUGGUGCGAUAAUCAUAGUGUUUUACCGUACCACAGAAAACUCAGAUAACACCGAUGAUAUCUAUGCCAAGUUCUUGUUCUCCCUCAGGAAGGCUGGCUUUCAGCGUCACCACAUAUUGGCGAGAGUGCACAAUCCAGUAACUGCACGGAAGAGGAAGGCCACUGAGAGUUAUUCAAACAUGUCUCAAUCCAAUGAGUUAUUCUUUCCCAAGCGAAGCCGGGUUGCGACCCGACGAUACGAACCUGAGAGGAAUAACGUGUCAGGAUCUCAAAGUUCUCGCGUGCAUAGUCAUCGAAACGACCAUACGCUUCUGGAUCUGGACUCAGAGGCACUUUCGGAGGGUGCAUCCGCCCUGGAUGAAUUAAUUGACAAUCAUAAUAGACUGCAGAAUGAACGCAGAAUCAUCGAGAAAGAAGAGCAUCGUAUGCAAAUGCAGCUGCAGAAGCAGAACGAAGAACUUAAGGAGCAAAAUCAAGCGAGGCUAGCUCGUCUGCUUGCAUUGAAGAAGCAAGUAGCAAAUGGUCCACCAAGUGCAGCCCAUUACACUGGAGCUGGCUCUAGUCGCGAUCGUUUACGAUAAGUCCGGGAUGCAGAAUGAAGUCAAAGUGUCUUA